UCUACCUUUCUCUAAUUUUCCCAUUUCCUUGUCUCUCUCUCUCUCUCUCUCUCAUAAUUUAUCAGUUUCAGUACAGGAAAGGAGGCACCAUGGGAGGAUACAUAGAAGAGAACGAUAUCAUGGAUGGAAAACUUAAGGAUGCAAUAGGUGAAGUGGAGGCUUCUCUACCAAAGUCACCAACUCAAGAUGGCAGACCAAGCAGCAUGGUUAUCAAGAAGGCGCAUACCAUAAUUCCUGCUCACUUGAUAGCUGAGGCCAUUUCAACACUCCCUGGCCUUGACCUGAGGUGGUCAGGUCCAAUAACACCAAGUGAGAUGCAAUACGUUCAGCAAUAUGUCUUUGCAAAGUACCCACAAUACAGCAAUGGUUUAGUGGGAGAUAAACUUGACAUUGGAAACCUCUCCAUCAAUAAUGAGGAAUCUUCAGGAACUCCACCCCAUGAAAAGCCCAAGUCCCCAAUUACAAAAGAGUUCUCCUCCUUCUCCUUUAGUAGUAACAUUCUUUCUGACCUUAACAAAACUCAAUUGGAGCCUUCAAGACUCGUAGACAUUCUCACAAAGAAGUCCUCAUUUGAAGGGAAUUUUGUGUCAAUCCCUGAGGUUCAAGCCACGAACCGCGCCUUGAGGAACUUUGGGCUGGUAGAGGAGGAGUACUCGGUUCAUUUCACAGCCAACUACAAGGAUGCCAUGAUGAUGAUAGGAGAAAGCUACCCUUUCUUCAGAGGAAACGUGUACAUGACAAUCAUAAACGAUGAAGUCGAUUGCAUAAGGGAAUUCGCGGUACUGAAAGAGUCAAAGGUCAUUGCAGCCCCAGAGACUUGGUUGGAUUUAAGGAUCAAAGGUUCACAACUUAGUCAAUACUUUAGGAAGAAGUGCAAGCACAGCCCCAAGGGACUCUUCUCCUAUCCAGCCAAAGUGAAUGGCACAAGAUACUCCAUGCAUUGGAUUUCUGAGGCGCAUAGGAAUGCUUGGCAUGUUCUUCUUGACGCCACGGGCUUGGUUUUUGGUGAGGACCGGAUUGCGCUUGCUCUUCACCAGCCUGAUUUUGUGCUGUGCAGCCUCAGUAACACUCAUGCCCAGCCAUCCAUGAUCACUUGCCUCUUGGUUAGGAGGAAGUCAUUUGACACAUUGGUAACUCCUAGCUAAGUAACUUAUAUAUUGGGUUAAUUACAAAAUCUUCUGCUUUUUAUCAACUUGUUCAUAAAUAACUUUUUAUUUUUGAAAAAUAAAAUUCGAUGGACUAUAAUUUAAUCUUCUUUUCAAAUACAUCCCCUGCCAUCGGUUUUAGUCAAAAUUGAGGCUAAAUGUAUUAAUUUUACA